AUGGCAGCACCCGGCCACCGCAGCGUCUCGGCUGCUCUUCGGGAGCACUUGCGGCGCCUGGGUCUGCAGGACUUCCCUUGCGGCCUUGGCAGCUGGAACAAGUCUCGCUUCAAUGCACGCACGAGACGCCUCCGAGGCCGGCCGGGGCCAGGCACGGAACCGGUGGAGGAGGUCGACAAGGGUCUGUUGCAGUUACAGCAGCUGGAGGAGCUCAUCCUCAGUGCCAACCAGAUCAGCAGGAUAACCUCGGCCAACCUGCCGCGGACACUGAAGGUCCUGGAGCUUUGCUGCAAUGCUGUGGCUGAUUUGAAGGACCUGUGCACUCAGCCACCUCCAGAGCUGCAGCACUUGGGGCUGGGACACAACAGGCUGUACGGACCUUCGCAGGACAAGUACCUCACUGCCGACUUCUGGCCAAAUCUUGUCUCCCUUGACCUGAGCUUUAACAGCUUCAUGGAUCUGCCGAGGCUGGUCUCCCAGCUGUCCAGUCUGCAGAAGCUUCGUGUCCUGGUGCUCCAAGGAAACCCGCUGGCUCUCAUUCCCACUUACAGAGGCUUCCUUGUGGACAGCCUGCCCAAGCUCUCCUUCCUUGAUGACAUCCACAUAGGACCUGACGAGAGGCACCAGUUUCACGGUUUGGCGAGGCAGCCAGAGCUGAUCAGGAAUGAAGCACGAGUGGUUGUGAGCGUUGGGGAAAUCAAGGGAGUCCCUGAUCCCAGCGCCCUUCAGCAGCUGGAGGUUGGCUCCGAGGCUCCGGAGAUCACCUACAGAUACUGUGUGACCUACGAGUUUGUGGAGGGAGAGGACAUCGAUCCCUCUCUGUUCCAGGUAACAAAAAUCCACCAGAGUCCCAUGGUGGCCACCCUGGGUGUAGACAGCUCUGCUCGGGACACGGGAGAAGAAACCAGCCCACAGCAGCCUGCAGCCACGGAGGAGUCCAAGGCCCACGCUGCAAAGGUGUUUGUCACCCCUGGAAAGCCCUGGGCAGACACCAUCGACUGCAGCUACAGGAAGGAGCACACUGCCAAGGACUUAGUGGGGCUGAAGUCCUACCUGGCAGCUGGAACGACUGUCUCGAUCGUGGAGGAGAAGGUGCUGUCAUGGCCUGUCAAUGCUGAUCCAGAAGAAAAUGCAGUCACGAAUAGCAAGGCAGGACGGGGGCUGCAGAAGGACGGUGGAAAGGGUCCUGUGCCCAGGGACAAGAAGAAGAAGAAGAAGGAGAAGCCAUGUGAACUCCGCAGUGACCCUCCCAUUCGGAGGACCCUGGGCACUGGGAGGGUGACCCUGGAGGCCCUCCUGGCCACCGAGGACCUGGUGGCAACUGUGUGCGACUUUGGGAUCCUGAUCACUGAGCUACCGCUGCAGCCACCAAGUCUGGAGGAGAAGGACGGGAAAAAAGGCAAAGACAAGAGCAAAAAAACAAAAGCGGAGAGAGAAAGUCAGGCCAGCCGGAAAACCACGGCGUCUGCCAAAGGAAAAAGAAAAAACAAAGACUCCGCUGAGCUGGAGGAGGGUCGAGGGCCUUCCAGGUGUAGCAAGGAGACCUUCCUCUUGCUGGCCGUCAAAUCUUCACCGAUCAACAUAGACCGUCGGGUGGCAAUCAGGAACACGUGGGGGAAGGAGGUCUCCAUCGGUGGCAAGCGCAUCAGGCUGGUGUUCCUUCUAGGGCGCUCAGAGGCCAAUAUCCAGGUACAGCCCCUGCACCAGCUGCUGGCUUACGAGAGCCGGGAGUUUGAUGACAUCUUGCAGUGGGAUUUUGUUGACAACUUCUUCAACUUGACCCUCAAGGAGCUGCAUUUCCUCCGCUGGUUCGUGGAGGACUGCCUGCCUGCCAGGUUCGUGCUGAAGGGCGAUGAUGAUGUCUUUGUCAACACUUACAACAUUGUUGAGUUCCUCCAAGAGCUGGACCCUGAACAAGAUCUCUUUGUUGGGGAUGUGAUCACCAACGCCCGGCCCAUCAGGAACACCAAGGUCAAAUACUUUAUUCCAGAGUCCAUGUACAGAGCCCCUUUCUACCCUCUCUACGCGGGUGGAGGGGGCUAUGUGAUGUCCAGAGAGACAGUGCGCCGCCUCCAGAGCACCGCAGAGGACACGGAGCUCUUCCCCAUAGAUGAUGUCUUUGUGGGAAUGUGUCUGGCAAAGAUGGCGCUGGCUCCAAAGAACCACGCUGGCUUUAAGACUUUUGGGAUCCAGAGACCUUUCAAUCCUUUUGAUCCAUGCUUGUACAAAGAGCUGAUGAUUGUGCACAGACUAAACCCAACCGAGAUGUGGAUCAUGUGGACGCUGGUAAAGGAUGACAGCAUUAGGUGCGCGGUGUCAGUAACGCACAGCUACAGGAGGGCUCGGAAGAGAAGCUACUGA